AUGCCUCUCGUAAUCCCCGGAAUGCAGUCCAGCGGCGGCGACGACAAGACCUCCAAGUGGAUGGACCAGCUCAUGGGCAAGAAGCUCGGCGACAGCAGCGAUAACAUGACAUUCGCAAAGAAGGACCUGCCUCAGCAGCACCGCGUCGUCAAGGGCGACUCGAUGAUGACCAUGGACCACAACCCCGACCGUCUCAACAUCCACGUUGGCGAUGACGGCACCGUACACAAGGUCACUCACGGUUAA